CGGCGGGCGCGAGGUGAGGUGUUGGCAGUAGAAAGGGGUUUGGGUGCGGGGGGCGGGGUAACGCGGAGAGAUGGCCCGUGCCGGCUGCAGGGCCGGAUGAGAAGCGGUCGCGCCGCGGCUGUCGGAGAGAGGAGGGCGCCCGGGCGCCACGAGAGUAUGACGGGGCUGUACGAGCUGGUGUGGCGGGUGCUGCACGCUCUGCUCUGCCUGCACCGCACGCUCACCUCCUGGCUCCGUGUUCGGUUCGGCACCUGGAACUGGAUCUGGCGGCGCUGCUGUCGGGCCGCCUCCGCCGCGGUCCUAGCGCCGCUCGGCUUCACGCUCCCCAAGCUCCUGGCUGUCGGCAGGAACGGCAGGAACCGCCGUCACCACCGGCAUCCGCGCGGGGGGCCGACCCCGGCCGCCGCCCACCCGCGUCUACGCUGGCGCGCGGACGGCCGUUCCCUGGAGAAGCUGCCUGUGCACAUGGGCCUGGUGAUCACCGAGGAGGAGCAGGAGCCCAGCUUCUCGGACAUCGCAAGCCUCGUGGUGUGGUGUAUGGCCGUGGGCAUUUCUUACAUUAGCGUCUACGACCACCAAGGUAUUUUCAAAAGAAAUAAUUCCAGAUUGAUGGAUGAAAUUUUAAAACAACAGCAGGAACUCCUGGGCUUAGAUUGUUCCAAAUACUCACCAGAGUUUGCAAAUAGUAAUGACAAAGAUGAUCAAGUUUUAAAUUGCCAAUCAGCAGUGAAGGUGCUGUCCCCAGAAGAUGGAAAAGCAGAUAUUGUGAGAGCUGCUCAAGACUUCUGCCAGUUAGUAGCUCAGCAGCAAAAGAAAUGCACAGAUUUGGAUGUAGAUAUGUUAGACAGUUUACUUAGUUCAAAUGGUUUCCCUGAUCCUGAUUUAGUAUUGAAGUUUGGUCCUGUGGACAGCACACUAGGCUUUCUUCCCUGGCACAUCAGGUUGACUGAGAUUGUCUCUUUGCCUUCCCACCUGAACAUCAGUUACGAGGACUUUUUCUCUGCCCUUUGUCAAUAUGCAGCCUGUGAACAGCGUCUGGGAAAGUAGUGAUCCCUGGUUGUGUAAUUUGAUUUCAGGCUUUUGGAGAAAAGGACUCAAGUGACUCUGAUGUUUACAAAGCACCUAUGAAACCCUGUACACACCUAGUUCAUAAUCCUCAUAAUUUAUCAACAAACACAAAAAAGUGUCUUACUUGAGAGUAAGAGUACAUGUGAGUGAGCGUGAGUGUGUGUGUGAGUGUGUGUGUGUGUGCGCGCGCGUGCGUGUGCAUGCGUGUGUGGAAAUAAACUUAUAAAUGGGGGAAGUAUUGGAGGAGGAAAUAUGUGGACUUGCACCUUUGAGCAAAUAGCAGCGAUGUUUUAGGAGCUGAAAUUUCAGAUUUACAGGUUUCAGCCCCAACUACUUCCCUUUUUUGUGGGGAGAGAAAGGGGUGAUUAAAGCUGUUUUGUUGUUG